AUGGGUGGCGUCACCGACUCGGGGAACCAUUUCUUUGUGCUGAAUUGGCCCCGAUUCCGAGGACGGCCCCGAACACGUCUAAGUGGGAUCAUCAAGGCAAGAGGAGGGCCAAUUUUCAUGAGGGGGAUCAAGUCGUCUCGAAAUAUCCAAACAUAUCAACACCCAACCAAAGCAAUUAGUCCUCUUGUAAGUGGCCGGAAAACAAAUACUAUGAAAUUCACAGUUGGAGAUGAUAAUCGGUAAAGGUACAGUGAUAUCUUUUUUGGUCAGACAACUCAACUGGAAAUUUUUGAAAUGGUAA